CUUCUUGUCCUUGCUUCCACCAGAGGGCGCCCCUCUGUCCAAUAAUGAACACUUAUAUCUCACCUCCUGCUGCUUCUGGUCUAUUUCAUAUCUGUGCAGCUUUGCAAAAGCAUCUCAAAGGCUAAUCAUCAGACAGCAGCUGCCAGGCAGGUGUCAGGCUUCUCUUUUCUUUUUGGUUUGAUCUCUGUCUCUCUCCCUCUCUUUUAAUACAUUUCUUUUCAAAGGGUGGGCUUUGGCUUCCCUCUGGAACCAGCUCCUUAGAAGUGCAUCUGCCUGAGGAAUUCUGGGCUCAGGAGGAUUUGCUUUCUUCUUCUUCUUCUUUUUUUUUUUUUUUUUUUUUUUAAACAUCUCCUUUCUUAGGGUCUUAUUAAAAAUAAGAAAGGGGCUAAGAUGGAAAAGGAGAGCAGGACGCCUACCCGCUAUGGAUCAUUGGAGUCAACCAAGUGGACAGCUGCAGACCCAGCCAAAGAAGAAAUUGUUUCCAUGGCCGAUUCGACUACAACCGUGGAUGACAUAGAAGGGGAGCUCUUUAAAAUCGAGAGGAUAAGAGAGGUCCUGGUGAGAAGGGAAUCAGAGCUGAGAUACAUGAUGGAUGACAUUCAGCUUUGCAAAGAAAUCAGUCGGCUGAAAAAGGAGCUCCAGAAACUCAUUGCACUCCCAGAGAAAGAAAAGUCCAACGAGGAGAAGCAGAGGGAGGAGGAGCUGGUGCAGCAGAUACACAAGCUGGUGGAAACCCGGGAUUUCCUGGUGGAUGAUGUGGAAUUUGAAAGACUGAGGGAAAGAGAAGAAGACAAAGAAAUGACUGAAUUCCUGCAAACGAAGCUCUCCAAAAGCUGCCUCCAGAAAGCAACCCCUGUCAAAGAGAAGAUGAUGUCCAGAGGACAGCAAACCUCCACACCGUACAUGACCAAAACAGGCCUCACCCUGCUCAAGGAAUGCUGCGGUUUCACCUGUUCCAUUAUGUAGACUCAUUCCCUGGUCUCCUCUGCACGGGACAAGAUCAUGGCAGGCCUCCAGGCAGAGUCCGUGGCUCCUGACAGCUUCAACCUCCCUUCAUUGCUCAUGCUUCCCACAGACGGAAAGACAUUUCCAAGUGAGCCGGUGCAAGCUUGGACGUUGGCUUGUUUUCUUGAUGCCACUUAAGUGGGAGUCGCCUUCAUGACAUUAAAAACAAAUUCCAUCUGGUCUCAGCAUGGACGGGGCUUAUACAGCAGCAGAUCAGGUGCAAUUGAAGUGGGUUUGCUUCUUUUUCUUAACUGAACAGGAUCAAAAAAGACCUUGGAAAGUUUACAUUUGGUGACCGUCGGCCCCGCCCCUUCCCUCCCCACCCACCUGACAUGCUGUGAUGCUGCAGCUGGGUGUCAAGCACGCCCCUAGCUUCCUACCAUUUCGUGGCUCUUUUGCUCUAUGGGCUGCCUCCAAAGGACACGUUCUAGGAAAGCCUUGAUUGUAUACAUAUCUGCACUCUGCUUGGGCUGCAGAUUUGUCACAACAUCUUGUAUCAGAAGUCACAAAUCAGGCAUGGUCAUAUAAAAGUCACUGGUUUGGGACUGUGGAUAAAAAUUGCCAUGACAAAUGAGGAGGCGGGGUCCUGGGUGGAGUGUGAGCCCACCCCAUCUUUAUUCCUCAGUCAGUGGUGACUCCUGUCAUAGACUCAUAGGGUUGGAAGGGACCUCAGAAGGUCAUCUAGUCCAACCCCCUGCUCAAAGCAGGACCAAGCCCUAAUUUUUACCCCAGAUCCCUAAAUGGCCCCCUCAAGGAUUGAACUCACAACCCUGGGUUUAGCAGGCCAAUGCUCAAACCACUGAGCUAUCCCUCCCUGCCCCAUGGGGCUGGGCCUUGCCCCCACACUGCUACUUGGUACACGUGGUCUCAGUGUUGCUCAGGUUGGACUCGGCCACGCCUCCAUCAUGAUAAUGGAGGGGCAGCCAGGCCAAACCUGAGCAGUGCUGUGACCCAUGCGCCUGGUCACAAUGCCCCGAGCAGAGAGCCAGGCCCAGCCCCACGGGGCAGGAGCUGCUGCUGUGGGGUGAGUUUAUUAAAACCACAGACACAAAGAUAAGUCACGGACAAGGAAGAUCUUGGUAUCUGGGACAUUUUUCUCACCAUGCCAAACCUGUAGUCCUGGUUUUGGAUAAUGCUCUGAGAAAGGUCAGAGUUCAAGUCCAGGAGGGAUGUCCGUAUGGGUUUGAAUGAUAAUAUAAUAAUACCUAGCUUUUAUACAGAGCUUUUCCUUAGCAGCUCUCAGUGAUUUCCAAAGGAGGUCAGAACUAUUCGCCCCAUUUUAGGGGUGGGGAAACUGAGGCAGGAAGUGACUUUGCCAAGGACACCCAGCAGUAGAGCUGGGAAUAGAAACCAGGUGUCUGGACUCCCAGUGCACUGCUCUGUCUACUAUGCCACACCACUCACGUUCUCAACAGCUUACGUCCUGAGUACGGCCCUGCUGUGUUCAAACUGGGGUAGGGCAAACUAGUUUCAGACUCAGUGGAGCACUGUGGGUUCUGUCCCAACCGCAGUGUUACUGGGUCCGUGAUCCGGAGAGGAGAAAAGGUGACGGAGCAGAGAGGAAGGAGAGAAAAACAGGGCAAAGAGCAGAGUGAAAAACACAUAGAAAGUGACGGUGCGGAGAGAGGGAUGGGGAAAGGCACAGCAAGAAACUCCUACUGACAGCCUCGGUACAGUGGUUCAGCUGCUGCCCUCGGCUAUGCCAGCGCAGCCCUAUGGGAAUCAGUGGGGUGACUGAGAGGAGAAUAUUUGGCCUAGUUGUAGCACUCACUUGUGCCAGUCUAGCCUUGGGAUUCUUCUGCCUGGUAGCUGGCUGCCCUAUGGCUAGGAACCCGUGUUGAUUCUUUUCAUUGACUCACCCUUUGGACAAAGAAUUUAGAUGACCUGGAAACAUCAUCUGAGAGGGUCAGAAAGGCCAGAGCUGCACCGGGUUAAUCCAGGCCUCAUUUUAACCCUUCCUAUCCCACGCCAAUGUGCUGCCAUCACAGCCAGAGCCAUUAUUGCAGUAGCUCAGCAGGACAGAUGCCCUCCUCCUUUUCUGGCCACGUGUCCUGCAGGACUGGAGCUGCAUUGCUCUGUCCAUCACUGCUAGUGGAGGUUGAGGUCACUGCCAUUUGAGCUUCACUCAGAGCAUUUCUACCCUGCCUGUGUUCUGCCGUUCGUACUGGCAAAGGUUUUCUCUGACAGAUGUUUUGGAGCAUCCUCUCCCAUGCACACAGUGGCCUACGAGCUCUUUGCCUGACAGGCUGGCCCUGCAGCUCUGCAGCAAAGCCUUCCUGGCAAUGCACUGAAGCUCCUGUCUGCUUUUGCCUGGUGGCAUGUCUUACACUGAGCUGAUGUACCUGCGUGGUCACAUACUGCUUCAAGCCUCCAUGCAUUUCCUGCUCCAUGCACUUGGUGCCAUUUUUAUCCCAACUAUGCCCCGCCCAGACAGUAAUCCCCCCUCCAUCCCGUCCGGAACCAGCUCUGAGUCCCUUGCAUGUCAGUUAAUCAGUACUGCCAGAACACAGAGCGUAUCAGCCCUGCUUCCUCACCUUGCCAGCGGGCAGCCCGUUGGCUUUUCCGUCUUGAUUAUGUAACCCUUCUGCCCAUCAGAGUUGGCAGCAACAAGGGCGGGUUCAGUAUCUAGGGGUUCCAUUCCAAUAACGCAAUGCAAAAUUGGCUCAAGCCCCCAGCCAGUGACCUGGGACAAAUAUAUACUACCCCUGCUGGGCACCUCCAAGAGGCAAUACUUCCUCUCUCGCAAGCACAUAGUCUGAGUGUAGCAAAAAAGCCUUUUAAUAACAGAGAGAAACAAUGUGGCAUUAUGUUGGGAAAACACCACCAACAGGAUUCAUAACACAACCCAUGAGCAAAAUCCCACCCAAAGCAAAUUGGGGUAUGUCGUUUCCCUUUGGUUCUAGAGUACAGCAACCCAAAAAUCACCGAAAGUCCCAAACAUCCAACAACCCAAAAAUCUCUGUCCCUGGUCAGGGCAGCUCCAGAGUUCGAAAGUUUAUCUGCAGAAUUUUACCUCCCAACCUGGGUGGAGAUGGGGCGGGGGAGAG